UGAGGGUGUUUUCGCAAACCUCCGAUUAAAUCCAAUCCAAGAUACAAGUUCCUUCCAUCUCAGCUUUUGCUCAGCUAUGGCAGCUUCUUCCUUCCGGAUUUGCAAGGACUUUGGGGCCACCCUGGGGCUCUUGCUUGUAGUGACAGGUAUGGCAAUCACCAAAGCUUCUAGUGAAAGAAAUGACAUUUCUCAAAAACAAGAUUCAACCACUUUCAUGAAUGUGAUAAAUACACGCUUCAUUGCUGCAAGAGGGGGGGCCCGAAUUUCCCUUAGCUGUUCUUUUGGUUCUCUGGCAAGCUGGCAUAAAGAGACUGAGCAAGGCAACUCCCAAGAGAUUAUGAACAGCUCCAGAGUCCAUGUGACCAGAAAUACUUCAAUAGUAAUGAUGCAGAUCAAUAAACUCCAGCACACCGACAAUGGUAUCUACCACUGUAAGAUCAAGGACUCAUUGAAGACAUCAUGUGGUACUGAACUCAAAGUCAUGGGUAUCAGCACCUAUGAGCAAGUGCAGAGUCGCCACAAUGUGAAAGAUGCUAUCAUCUUAAUCCAGACAAUUCUUCUUGUCCUUUUUGUGAGCAUACCUGUGUUGCUAACCCAAGGGAAGAGUGACAGAAAAGAUGCCUCUGGGGAGGAACAUACUUAUGAGGGGCUGACGGUUGAACUAGCUGAUACGUAUGAAGACAUUGGCGUUUACCAAGACAGAUCAGAGAAGUGGGAUUUGGGGGAACAUCCAUGUGAAGAAUGAAAAGGCUAGCAGCUUGGUCAGCCACAGCUGACUUAACCAAAGGGACACCAAUUCCUGGGGCAACCAGGAUCCACUGUAAAAAUUCCACUCUAGAGAAGCUUUUAAAAUGUGCUAUCUCUUGUUUGUAGCCGCUCUGCUAGAAACUACUAAAAAUUGGCAUUCACAAGCUCCAGAUUCCCUGGGACUGUUGAAUCAAAGACGUUCAAAUGGGGAGAAGGGAGAAGGCAGGCAGAGACAAUUUGAGGCACACCAUAAAAAGAAAAGCAAAAAGAGCUGAGAAAUUAAAUGAAUUUGUGAGUAGAUGGGCUUUCUGGCUUGAGUUUGCUUGACAUUCUCUUCCCCAAAUAGCAUUUUUUUAAUUGAACAUUUCCUGCUCUUGUUCCCAAAUGGCUAGCUGACAGAGAAUUGAAUCUGAUAAACUAGUAUCUAGCAUUACAUUGCUUCAGUUUCUUUAACCCAGGACCCUCCAAAUGGUCUGGGAUUACUGCUCCCAGAAUUCCUUACCAAGAUGGCUAUGGUGAAAAUAUCUGGAAUAUAUUAGCUAUAUAAGACAUAAUGUUUCCUACUGAGAUUUACAGUUUUGCAGUUAGGAUUUUCCUUCUUUAGGCUCAUGUUUUUAAAAAAUGUAUCUAGCAUCCUUACGUAAGAAUUUCAAACAUAGAUGCUGAACUUUUCAAAAUAAUAAAAAAAGUUUAAUA